AUGUCUGUUGGAGGUAGUCAUUCAGAGUUAUUAUCAUUAAACACUUUGAAAACAAGAUACCCUUGUUUUCAUGACCCUUUAACUCUACCUGCUGCUGCUUUUGAUCCAACACUUGAUGAUGAUGAUAAUAGAUACUUGCCGUCUCUUUGGGUUUUUGGACCCCGUCAAGUGGAUGGACCAGAAUCCCCUCUACCCUCUAGUUUCUCCAAUAUGAUGUUCGAUCAAAGUAUCAUAGACCCGCACCUGAUAAGAGAAAAGAUUACAUCUGCACUCAAGGUCUUAAGAUUCCGUGAGCGACACGUGCUAGUUCAGUUUUGGUCACCUGUUUCUGUCCGGAACCGGUGGUUGCUAACGACUUGGGACCAACCUUUCGGUGUUGGUAUGGCUGAUGAAGGGCUUUAUUUGCACAGGCGCAAGUCUGAACUGCGUGCAAUCAUUGUGGAUGGGGAGUUCAAAGAAGAAUUAGGUCCACCAGGUCGUGUUUAUAGCCAAAAAUUGCCAGAAUGGAGUUUGGAUAUAAAUGAUGGGAAUAGUUGCUACGAUAUCUAUGGAUAUAUUGAUUUACCAGUAUUUCAAUCUAGCGGUGAUUCAUGCGUAGGGGUUCUUGAAAUCAUAACAUCAUCAAGUUAUGUUGAUUAUGCUUUUGAGGUUCAAGAAAUCUCAAGAGCCCUAAAGAAACAGAAUCUGAAGUCUCCAAUUGCGUUUGAGGAUCCAAGCUUUUAUGUUGCAGAUGAAAGAAGACAACGUGAACUUGAUAGAAUCUUUGGUGCUUUGAAGACUGUUUGUGACUCUGAAUGUUUACCUUUAGCACAAACUUGGGCUCUAUCUGGAUAUAGUAGUUCUGUGGCUAGAUCUGGAAUUCUGGAGCAGAGCUGCAGUAGCUUUAAUAAAUGUUGUAUAGGGAAAGUCUGCAUGUCAUCAGCUGAACUGCCGUUCUAUGUUCGCGACUUGAGCAAGUGGGGAUUCCGUGAAGCUUGCAGGGAGAGACACCUGCAAAAAUCUCAAGGAGUUGCAGGGAGAUCAUUAUCGUCUUGUGGUACAUGUUUUUGUAGAAAUGUAACAGAACUCGAUGAAGAGGACUACCCUUUAGUUCCCUCUGCCCGUAUAAGUGGGUUGGCCAGCUGUAUAGCUAUCUAUCUAAAGAGUCUUGAACUGAAUGCUGAAUAUGUCAUAGAGUUCUAUUUACCAACUAUCAGUGCAAACGCAUCAGGUAUAAAAAGAUUGAUGAAAUUAGUAAAGCAACAGUUUAAAAGUCCUUUUUGGAUGGAAGUAAAUGUCAAGUUUCCUCUCCAAGUCAUCGGAGGAGUUCCUUUAGAUUGGAACCACGAGUCUCCACCUUCUCGUAUAACCUUAUUGACUGGAAAAGGGAAGGUACAACCAGAUACGGAAGUUAUGGCGAAGGAUGACAACGUGGAAAAUAAGCCAUCUAACUCUGGUGCGAGUGCUGUUCCUAGUAGGGAGAAAGGGAUCGACAACUUUGACAAUAAUGCUGGGAACACACAAAGAAUACAAAGUCAUCUUUCCAAGGGAUCAACGAGAAAAAGGAAGAGAUCUGAGAGUUUGUUUACUUCUAAGGAAAUCAAGAAACACUUUGGGAAGACGAUGGAUCAAGCCGCAGCCGACCUUAAAGUAAGCAGGUCUACAUUAAAGCGCAUUUGCAGGAAUCUUGGUAUAGCAAGGUGGCCAUAUAGGAACGGGCUUGACAUGAGUGACCCCCUUACGAAGAUUGAUGAAACAGAUGUAGCUGUCCAUAAGUCUGAAGGAGCAAUUACCCCAGUUUUUGAGGCUUCCAAUGAACCAUUAGGUAAUGAUCAGGCUACACUUACCAAAAAUGGUAUACAAACAACUAUGCCUAAUGAGGCCGAACCUACAAACAUGAUAAUAAAAGUAACAUAUGAUAAGAAUACUAUAAAGUUUCCAUUCAACACAUUAGAUGGAUUGCUCAAGUUAAACGAGAUGGUUGCAACAAGGUUCCAGCUGAAGCUUGGAAGCUUUAGACUCAAAUAUGUGUAUAGAAAUGGUGAGAACAUUAUGAUCACUUAUGUUGAAGACUUAGCGGCAAUAUUGGAUCCUUCUAUUUAUGUAGACUCUAAGCCGGUGGUUAAACUAUAUGUUCACAUGGUUCCUGAUCAAUGCCCUGAUUCUUAGGCUUCUUUUGAAUGUCUAGGUGUAUUGUGUCAAUGUGACACAAGGCAAAUGUGGGAGAAAAGGCUGUCUACAUACACUAUCUAUAACUUUUUUUAGAUUUUCCAAACCCUAGUGCUGUCAAUAAAGAUUUUUAAAGUUCAGAUUCAGGGAUCAGGGUGUGAAGGAGUGAAAGUUCAACAAAAAGAACAGAUCUAGUAAUGACACUUUUCGACCUACCCAUUCUAUGUACCGAAAUACUCAAGACUCUUUUGUCCAUGUUUGGAGUUGAAGAUGUGCAAUAGUUUUGUGUAUUAAUUAAUGCAGUAAUAUCAAAAGAGAAGUGACAGAUCAAAUAGUGCAUCUAUCAUCUCUGGAAUUAUGUUGAUCUCUA